CGAACUCGACCGAUUCCCUCGAUCGUACUAACAACAGGAAUUCGAGGCUGGCAAAAUGGGUGCCCUGAAGUACCUCGAGGAGCUUUCGAAGAAGAAGCAGAGCGAUGUCGUUCGCUUCCUUCUUCGGGUUCGCUGCUGGGAGCUCCGCCAGUUGAACGUCAUCCACCGUGCCUCGAGGCCCAGCCGCCCGGACAAGGCUCGCCGCCUGGGCUACAAGGCCAAGCAGGGCUAUGUCAUUUACCGCGUGCGUGUGCGCCGUGGUGGCCGCAAGCGCCCUGUUCCCAAGGGUGCCACCUAUGGCAAGCCCACCAACCAGGGUGUGAACCAGCUGAAGUACCAGCGCUCCCUUAAGGCCACGGCUGAGGAGCGUGUCGGCCGCCGCUGCGCCAACCUGCGCGUCCUGAACUCGUACUGGAUCAACCAGGACUCGACCUACAAGUACUACGAGGUCAUCCUCGUCGACCCCCAGCACAAGGCCAUCCGCCGCGAUCCCCGCAUCAACUGGAUCGUCAACCCCGUCCACAAGCACCGCGAGGCCCGCGGCCUUACCUCCACCGGCAAGAAGUCGCGCGGUCUCAACAAGGGCCACCGCUACAACAAGACCCGCGCUGGCCGGAGAAAGACGUGGAAGCGCCACAACACCCUCUCCCUCUGGCGUUACCGGUAAACGUCGCGCGGGCGACGUGGGCGACCGUAAUGCAUACUGCGGCGGCGACGGUGUUUCGGCUCUGGUUCUUCUGUUUAGUGCCGUGCAGUGGCCUAUGGAACGGUUUGGCUCGGUCGGGAAUCACGGCGGUGCCAAGCAGCUCCAUGCUGACGUUCGGGAGCACUGGGAGGGGGUAUUCGGGCUAGUUGAGCACAAAAGGAAUGGACUGGCGCCCUUGCAUGGGUUGCAUAUGAUAUCUGUCCGCAAACAUCGCGUUUAUGAAUGGCAUUGUGAUUCCCCGGCUCGGAGUUGGGUUUGGAAGGCUUCUCAUUUACACAGUAUCCGUCUCACCG